AGAAUAUCUAGUUCAUUUUAGACCGCGAGGUGUAAAGUGAUGUAAGUACAAGAAAUUUAGCAAAUAACUGUAAUAAUUAAAUCGCGCGACAUCGUGUCCACGAUCUGCAAACACCACGUGUUCAUUCGUGAUGACUAUAUUACUUGAUUCGUACACCUAAAAAUAUCCGCAGUCCAGCGGAGAUCGUCCACUCGCAUCGAUCCCAAAACAAAACGAUCGAAGUCACCACGAGGAAUGGAUUUAUCACAAUAUCGUAAAAUCAUAAUCUACGUGUUAACAUUUUUGGCAUACGCCUGGUCCGGCUACGGCGCCGGAUUGUUGUCGAAUUUACGGGACGCCGUGCUGGCGGCGGAGUCUGUCUUUCAAGAUCUCUUUACCAAUGCCAUAACCGUCGCGAGAAAGAUCAAAGACAUACAUGAAGUGCUCGAUGCCGCUGUGGAGGAGAACUGCGUCUUCCAAUGUCCCGACGGCUCCGCGCCAAAGCCAGACUGGAAUCAUAAACCGCGAAGCAACGGAUGCGGUUCUCUCGGAAUCGAGGUAAAUCAAGAAUACCUGCCGCUCGCUGAAAUGACAAAAUGUUGUGACUUCCAUGACAUUUGCUAUGACACUUGCAAUAUGGAUAAAGAGAAGUGCGAUUUGGAAUUCAAGAGAUGCUUGUACAGAUAUUGCGAUACGUAUCAGACUACCGGCGUUACUAUCGUCAACACAUGUAAAGCUGCAGCAAAGGUCCUUUUCACAGGGACAACCGCAUUGGGUUGCAAGAGCUUUCUUGAUGCCCAGAAAGAGGCUUGCUACUGUCCUGAUAAAUGGAGCAAAAAUAAGAAACCAAAGAAAGCAGCGCAAGCCGGGGGAGAAUUAUAACGUCGCACAUGAAAAAAAGUAAAAGACAAUAUAAUAUAUAUAUAUAUAUUUACAUAUAACACAAGUGUAAUUAAUAAAAUAGGAUUUCUAUAAUAUUAUUGUUAUUUAUAUGUUCAUAGUUUAUAAGAUUCAAUAGAUAAAGAUUAUUCAAAAACUGAAA